UCUGUGACGUGCAAUUCAUCCACAACGAGGCAGACUGUGGUUGUGUUUUCUCGAGCCCUACAUUACUCUGCUAUAACUGUAAGUUCUUCAAACCUCAUCGUGACUUUUCACUUUCUCAUCAGGCAACAAAAUGGCUACUAACAACAUUGUUGGGCUCCUCGCAAUUAUCGGAUGUUUGGCUGGCGUGAAAGCCUAUCCCAAUGGCCCUCCAGUAACGGUAUGUACAACCAUGACUCCCAGUCAACAAUCCCACGGCACAGCGCAGAAUACAGCUUCUCCGUACACCGUGACCACAAACAAACCUACCUACAUGCCCGGCGAGACGAUUACCGUGACGUUAACAAGCCCAGCCAACUCAAAUUUCAAGGGUGUCUUUGUGCAGGCCCGCCUGAAAAAUGGGCAAAAUACCGAACCACAAGGAACAUUCAUGUUGAAUGAUGGAGAAACUGAGCUGAAACUGAUGACCUGUGCUAAUAGGGCAAACAGCGCUGUGUCACACAAUUCACGUGUCCUGAAAACAACAAAAACCUUAAAAUGGAAGGCUCCUGAUACUAAUGUUGGGGAUGUGCGGUUCAUGGUAACAUUUGUGAGGGAGACGAGAAUAUUCUGGGAAGGCGUCAUGUCUGCAGAUGUGAAGGGCAUGGAUGCAGUUACGCAGAAUGCAGUUACGCAGGAUGCAGGUACCACAACGAUGAAGCCAGGCAACGGUUCCAGCACCGUAAACAUCCAGGGAGUACUCAUCGUGGCAUUAGUAGCGGCUACAGGUUUCCUACAGAUGAUCCUUUAGUCACGCCUUCAAAACGUGAACAGUGCGUGGACGUCCAAAACCUUCAUCUCUCUGACGUCACUUUUGCUGGCUUCGUGUGUCAUUUCCACAAACUGUCGCAACACUAAGCAAGUCACGUUUACCGUACUGUAUCUCAUCAUUACACGUUGUCAUAGCUAUAUGACAUAGCUAUAUAACUAUAAGUUAUGCCAGUCGGAACUUGUGACUGUUUGAUAAAAGCAGGGCUCACGACACAGAGAUGAUGGUCUUUUUCCCCGCUCCAUUUCCAUAUGAGAAAUGUAUACCAUGUGACCACGAGCUUUUCAUUUCUUAUACAAACAUUAAGAUCGACACUAUGCACAGUAAAUCCUUGAGCCAUUACAUCUGAGUUUACGACCUGCCAUGAUGAUGACAUCACAAUGACGAUUGCGCCCAUCGCACCAAUCAGGGCCAUGCGUACAUACAUGUAUUUACGGAAAGGCUGCAGGGAAAAUACCAUCGCCCCUCUGAUAUAUUUUGAUGUCCAUGCACUUAAAUUUAAAAAAAAAAUUACAUUUCAGCUUGAUACACGUACUUUAUACACUCGUAGGCUGGACACAUGUUUGCCAUCUAAAUAUGACACUUAAACAAUAAUAAUCAAAAAUAUAUUAUUAGAUGCUAAAAUGACGUUUAUAGGGUACGAUUUGAACCAGUGCCAUUUAAGAUGGAGAUCCUCAUUCAGUACUAUAUAAACUGAGAGAAAAAUAAAAUACAUGUCAGCAUUGCUCAAUUUUGUACAUCUUUGUUUUCGACUGAAUGCUAUUAAAUAAAACAGCCCAGUCUGGAUGAAAGCCAUCACGCAUAGUUAUACGUCUCAACC